AUGAGCCUGGUGCUGCGCAACGCCCAGCGCGCCGUGGCCGUGAGGAGGGCCCCGCUCCGCCGGGCCGUGUGCGCCCUGAGAGCCUCGCUGGGCGCUUCCCGCUUCCACCUGGCGCUUGUUUGCGCCGGGAACGGCUUGAUGAGGCGUCUGAACGGGAUUUACCGGCGUUGCCCGACGCCCACCGACGUGCUGGCCUUCCCGGCCCACCCGCUGCGGGCCGGGGAGCUGCCCAGGCCGCGCCCUGGGGAGGAGGAGGAGGACAACAACUUGGGGGAGAUAUUCCUGGGGGUGGAAUUCAUCCAGGAGCAGUGUAAAGAGAGCGGGGAGGAGCUGCACGGCGUCCUGGUGGUGAGAAGGAGGCCCUGGAGCCUGUGGAGGCCUCGGGGUUUUGGGGGUGGAGGGAAGGGGGAGGGCGGGGAGUUGUGGUCGGUGGGGCAGGGGGGUCUGUGGGUCCCUCAGGGGUCUGUUGGAAAUGGAAUGGAGCGUUGGUUUUAG